CAGUGUUGUCUUGGGCGACAACAAAGGAAGGAUAGCUAGAGUAAUUUGAGUUGUUUUGGACAUGCAGGGUGUUUUAUUUGACACGUCAGUCAUCCUGGGGUGAUUUUUCUGUGUAGCGCUAGCAGGGCUCAGUUUAAUGCAGCCGACGUUAGUUAAAUCCAGAAGGUUUUUGAUAGUAAUCUGUGCGUUGUGAUGUUUUUAGUCAUCAUAACUAAAGAUGCACUGUGCGUUUCAACUCGAACUUAGUAUGGACCUAUUGCCAUUAUAAAUAGGUCAAUUUUCUGGGCAACUGCGGACUAUUAGAGAGAAAGAAAAUUGUGACGCAGUUUUGGAAAACAUAUUUCACUGCCUGCUGCAGCAGUGCUGUCGGGCUUUGCGGCACAAACAGCAACUGCUCCAAAACGUCUGCGCAAUGCUUGUGGGCCACUCGAAAUAUGAUGUUAGAUUUUUACAAGACAACGUAUAAUGCAUUCAAUCAGUUGACAUAAUUUACAGCUGAGUUCCCACUUGACUACACUGGCCAGCAUCCAUAAGAUCCACCACACCUUGCAUAGGCUGCACCUGACAGAAGACGUUGGACAGGAUAGCCUCCCCUCAGCGUGUUGCUCUAGAGCCAUGCCUCCUAGGAAAAAGAGGAGACCCUCAGCUGGAGAUGACAUGUCAGCCAAAAAAAGUCGCCAGGACAGCGUUUUCAGAAAACAUGAAACACCACAAAUCCGUGAGGAGGAAACAUUUUCCAGUAAAAGAUGCCUGGAGUGGUUCUAUGAAUAUGCAGGUGAAAAAUGUUGUGAUGACGUGGUGGGUCCCGAGGGCAUGGAAAAGUUAUGUGAGGACAUCGGAGUCGAACCAGAGAACGUGGUGAUGCUGGUUCUUGCGUGGAAGCUGGAUGCGCAGAGUAUGGGAUACUUCACUCUCCAGGAGUGGCUGAGAGGCAUGGGCUCACUGCAGUGUGACUCCACAGAAAGGCUGAGGAACUCGCUCGACUACCUGAGAUCUGUCCUAAACGACAGCACCAGUUUUAAGCUCAUAUAUAGAUAUGCCUUUGAUUUUGCUCGGGAAAAGGAUCAGAGGAGUUUGGACUUGAACACAGCCAAGUGUAUGCUUGGGCUUCUUCUGGGCAAGACGUGGCCUCUGUUUCCUGUGUUUAAUCAGUUUCUAGAGCAAUCCAAGUACAAAGUCAUCAACAAAGACCAAUGGUGCAAUGUUUUAGAGUUCAGCAGGACAAUCAACCUGGACCUCAGUAACUACGAUGAGGAUGGUGCCUGGCCAGUUUUGUUGGACGAGUUUGUGGAAUGGUACAAGGAAAGACAGAUGUCAUAGGGCAGUGUACAAAGGAAUAAAAAUACAACUGUGACAACGACUAUGAGAAUCAACAACCAAUAAGUUAACAAUACAAAAAUGGUAAAGCAGUGACUGUGGGUGCUUCCAGAUAAAGGAGGGGUUCUGUGGGGGGGCUAGGGUGGGGACACUGGGUUUGCAGCCUGGGUGCAUGCAUCCCGGAGCGCGGAGGUGGAGGACUGCCAUUGUGGAAGUUAUGUUCCCUACCGAAGUGCAUAGUGGGCAAGCUUGCAGCAAUCCCCAGUGGCAAUGCUCUCUCACUGUGAUAUGUCAUAUUGCUGUCUGUGUUAACAUGGUAUCAUACGUGGACGAUGGAAGCAAAAUGGUUUGUGUGGGAGAACCACUCCUCAGUCCUUGUCUACAAGCACAGAGAAGCUGUGAAACAGUGACCAUUCAUGCAUUGUGUCUGAGUCUUAAACAGGGCCACUUUGACCUGGGCAGUGGGCACAUUUAAAUAUUAUACAUCUGUGCAAUGAACUUGAGCUUUUUCUGGACAGAUGGCACUAACUAUUGGUUUGUCAUAUUUGUUGUUGGAUAGGAGUUCUACAAGAAGCACACUGUGUCAAAUGAUUGAUCGCAGGUUUCUGGUGCCUGUUCUGUUUACUAUUGAUUUGUGCCAGUGAUUUUUCUCUUUUUUCCCCCUCCAGUUUUGUUCCUUCCUGCUGUUUUGCUCCAGCUAAGGCUAACCGUUUGCUUACCCUCUGUAAAGGCUUCAGACCUCAUAACACCAAACAAAUCAGCAUUGCUGCUUACCAACUCUUAUUACAGUACAGUGGUGAGCCACUAGUGCUCCGAUCAGCAUUUAUUGGUCCGUUGACCAAUUUACGUUGUGUAGGUAAGAGUAUUUUUGUGCCUCAAAACAUGGAAGUCACACUGUGUCCCACACACAUACAAACCCAAAUGUGUGUGUGUGUAUACACGUAUGAGAACACAUACAACACACACACUGAGUGGUCAGGGAUUCUUUCAGGAUGAAUUCAGACUGUUUGGGCUGUGUUACAAAUUGAGAUAGAGCUGGUUGGUGUCCAUUUUGUCUUGAUGUGUGACAUCUGUUUUGUCCUCCUUAGUCAGCUGAUAGUUUCAGGUUUCUUACUAGUAGCAUCUCUCCGAACACUGAAAGUGUUAAUAUAACUACAGUGGAAGACCAGUGACCCUCUCAGGACGAGGUCCUUAAGGCUUGAGUUGAAAGGUAGGUUUGCUGAAAGCAUUGCUUUUUACCACCGUAGGAUCUAAUCAAAACACUUACAGUUUUGAACUGUGUGAUGAUGCUAUGCUGUUAUUUUCGCCUAGUAUAAUGUUCUUGUAACACAUGUAUACAUUUCUGUCCUUGGCUGUGGUGUGAUGCUGAAUCGUCAGAUUUAAUAUUUGCAUGCAUGCUCCAACAGAGCCUUUUGUGAAUGGAUGAGAUUUUUGAAAACAUUUUUCAAACUUGUUUUAGUUUUGUACAGGAAUUUGUGCAAGUGUUUUUUGCUUAAUUUGAUAUUCACAAUCAUGGUAUGUUAAUUCUGAUGAACAACAUGAUUGUGUCUAUUAAGACCUGGAACACACCUGUAACCUCACGGUGGAGCAGGAGUUCCCUCCUGCAUUAGCCCAUCUUUGACAUCCUUAAACAUGCUGUAAAUCUUUAGAUAGCUGCAGACAGUAUAUAGGAUCUAUUUUUUAUUUAUUUUUAUUUACACAUGAUACACUUAAAAACACACAUGGAACUUUGUUGUGAAGAUAAAAUACAUCAGCUCUUGUCAUUGAAGUACACUGCAGCUGACACUUUGAAAUCCUCUUAUGUCAUUACAAUGCAUCAACUAUCAGCAUAAAAUCUAAGAUUGAGGUAGUUGUUGGAUUGCUUACCAAAUACUGUGUAGAGAUUGAUGUUUGAGUACUCCAAUGACAAUGCAGGAGGUUGAACGCCCUUGUCCCAACUGUAUAUAUGUAUGUAAGUGUCUAUAUGUCUGUUUUCACUAUAACCUAUGUCUAUAUACAUAAAUAAAAUGGGUUUAUUAACUUA